AAUGUCAGACCACGUGUUACGACCGGCGUGCCUCUGUUCCUACUGCACGAUUCAUCACUUUUCAUUCCGAAACGAGUCGAGGCAGGGAGUGUACUUGCAAGAUGGCGGCGCGGUGGGGAGCAGGCGAGGAGACUUUAACUGCGUGCAAUAUGGAAUUUUUCCCUAUGGAUACACUAGACGAGACUGAUGGACUGAGCUCUACAGAAACUAUGGAGGCCCUUCAGAACUGCUUAGACCCCUCCAUUCUCUCUAUCUUUGAGGACACGCCAACAACAGAGACUAAAGGUCUAGAUGAGGAAAGCGAAGCCACGCUGCUAACAGCCCUGACGGAGAUCCUUGACAAUGUGGAUGACGAGAACCUGUCCCCGUUUGACACACUGCCUGACUCAGACCUGCUGUCAGGUCAGAAGGGCAGAGAACACUCUCCGCUGCGGAGAUUGCUGUGUCUGUCCCGUUCCCCUCCAGAGAAAGACGCAUUAUGUAGCGCAAGAGCUUUAUCAACUGGAAAGAGCCUCCCCAGGAUAUUGGCAGAAUCUCUCCAGAGGAGUGAUGGGGAGGAAGAGGAAGAUGGCUCCCUCACUUUGAGUCCAGUGAGUGAUAAUUCAUCUCCUGACAGUGACCUGCUACACUGGGAAGGUCUGACCCUCCCGUUUCCUGUCACCUUUGAACAGGAGGUUGAUGAUGGUGUUUCAGUUAACCUGGGGGACUUGGUCAGGCAUAUGCACCCGUACUGUAUGGCCAUCUGUAUGGAGAAUGACGAGGGGGAACAGAUGUUGCCUGAAGGAGGAAUCUUACUUGAAGUCGUGGACCAGGGUGAAAAUGGAGAACCAAUCCUGGCCAUCCAAGAUAUGGAUCUCCCACUCUCUCUUCCACUUAAAGAGCAGGCUCCUGAAAAUGAGCAGAAAGUUUCAGAUGAAGCAGAUGAUGUCGCCUCUGACAGUUCAGAGCAUAUAGUCGUUGAUGAUGAUGAAGAUGAGGCUCCAGUGACAGUUGAAGCCCCCGUGAAACCAGACUUGUGUUCUGAUGUGAAAGACGAGGUGAUCAUUAAGAGACAUAAGCAAGAAAUAAAAGACAAAAGCCCCUCCCGAAGAAAAAAGAAAAAGAAAAGCAGGGAGCAGUGCCAACCCGAACCUGUGGAGGAAAGGGUCCUCAGGAGUGGCACAGUGAGAAAGGCGUUGCAGGAAUCUCCCAAAAAGCCUGGAAAAAGGUCAGGCAAAGAAGAGAAGAAACACAAAGUCCCAAAGGUUCCUCUUGCUCCCACUUCAGCUUCUUCCUCUACAAAACCUAAACUAAUUCCAUGCCAAACUGAAACACAAACCGAAAUCACCACUACAACAUUAUUGCCUGAAAUGAAGGUGCAAGUUGCCACAUCUGUGUCAACGAGAAAAGAAGCAGUGCCAUUGAACGCUAGCCCUGAGAAGUGCUGCUCACCUACAACAGUGGGCUCCCAAAAGGCUGAAACACCUAAACAGCCUGCCCCGGCCUCCGAGAAGCUGGAAGACUCAUCAGCAGCUCCCUCUGCUGUCCUGCCUCCGGUGUCUUCAGAGAGCCCAGCGGCUGCUUCGAGUCCCCAAACAGCCCCGAUGACCUCACCUGAUGAGGCCCUCCCUCCUGUGGCCCCUGCCGUCUCAGAGCCAAAGCCCAAAUCACUCAGUUUAGCAGAGUACCGGCGGCUCAGACAGCAGAAAAAGCCUGCUCCGGUGGAAAAGCAGGACAACGACAACAGCACCAAGUGGCCCAGCCUUCCAGAGCUUCCUAAAGAGCUUCCCCCCAUUCCCUGCCUGCCUGAUCCCAGCCCCAAAGAUCCUCGACGCCCCAGCCCCCAGCCACAAGUGGAGGAGGUCAGACCUGCCUGGCAGCCAAGGGGACCAUGUGCUCCACCCACCCCUGAGGCGCUGUUGGUGCCACCGGCCUACAUGGUUGCCUCAUCCAGCAGGGUUUCCACCGUUACUCCUAAAGCCCAGCAAACACCUGAGGCUUCCACACCUUCUCUACCCCAAAAGCCCUCAGCUCCUGUGCCUAAUUCAGUGAAGGAUUUUCCCACAAAUCAACACACCACUGCUCAACCUGCAGUACUUUGUGUGCCUCAGAGCUCUGGGUCUCCAGCUUCCUUAAAAUCCCCUGCACUUCCUGGAGGAAAGGUUGGAGCUGAUGAAAAGCCCCAGUCUCUGCCUGCAUCUCCUGAGUCUGUACAGCUCAGUAAAACCUGUCAUAGAACCACUACAGAUGCGGUACUUCCCAGCGCUGCUACGGUGUCUGUGCCCAGUGUCCCCCAGAAGACCAUAGUUGUUCCCCAGAAGGUGCCUGAGCUCACUGCUCCUGUAUCAUUAAAUAACCCCAUUACAUCUGAUAGCAAGUCCCCCAAACCUGCAGCCAGUAGUACCCCGCUUGGCUCUUCUGCGGCUGCCCAUCCCUCAGACUCCCAGAGUCUAAAGGCGAAACCUGUUGCACUUGAAACUAAAGAGAAACCCACUACAGCUGCACUGAAACCUCAAAGGUCAAAGAGCCCCACGCAGGAGCUUAUUGAGGCCUUCACCAGUGAGAUAGGUAUUGAAGCUGCUGAUCUGACCAGUUUACUGGAGCAGUUUGAGGAAACUCAAGCCAAAGAGGAGCAAUGUGUGCCGGAGGUCUCUGGUAGAGCAGCAGCUGUAGGAAACUCGAGUGUUGAGUUGUCUCCAGAGAAUACAGUUGUGGAGCGUGUGAGAGCUAAUGACCUUUCAAGUACUGCAGCUUUGACUCCUCCAGCUACUCCUCCACACCAGAUGUGGAAACCCCUGGCCCCUGUCGCCCUGCUGGGAAAGAGCAAGGCUGCUGAGGCCUCGAAGUUGAGUCCCUCUAAGGUUAUCCAGAUAGAAGCCCGGCCUCUACCCUCAGUCAAGUCCCGCAGCAAACCCACUCCCGCUGCUGCCGCUGUAACACCUGAGCUGGCCUGCAUGGACCACGACUACUGCCUCCCCAACAAAGGCACUUCCGCUGGAGAGCCAGGCAAGCGUUGGAAUGUCAAACAGCCCUCUUUUAUCACUAUUAAACCAAUCAAGCAACCCGGUACAACCACUACACAAACACCCCACGCUGCCCCGGCAUCAGCUGGCCAGUCAACCUCGAGCCCUGCGGUCACAACCAAGGCACAAGAGUUUCCAGUGACAGAGCCCCUGGAUCACAGGACUGAUGGGAUGGAGAACAGCUCUGUUCUGCAGACUCCUGAUGCUUCACCUGCUCGGCAGGAGACUGAUGCCGACCUAAAAGAAAUGAGCCCUAGGACUGGGCAUUUUGGGAGGUCCUACCGCCGACAUGCUGCUUCGCAGACACCAAGCCCCAGAUCCAGUUCCAAAGAGAGGACUGGAGGGAGGUCGAGAAAACGGAGAUCCCAUCGUUCUCCCAGCCCCAUGUCCAGCAACUCGGAGUCAGACUCCCAUUCUUCUAGAUCUAGAUCAAGAUCAUACUCUCCGUCUAAGAAAAGGUAUCGCCUCCAUCGCUCUGAGAGUAGUUCCAGCUCUUCAUCUCGUUCCUCCUCCCGGUCCUCUCCAUCUGUGUCCCGAUCCCCUCCCAGGAGGAGGAGGUACUCGUAUUCCUCCUCUCGUUCUGGCUCUUGGAGUCGCUCCAGGUCGCGGUCUCGAUCCCCGCAGAGUCGAGCACAGUGGAAUAGAAACAGAAGAUUAUGCAGCUAUGGUCUCGGUACAAAGACAACCACCGAGGAGGGGAAGAGGCGCAAGGAGAAAGCCAUUGAGGAUCGCCGCGUUGUUUACGUUGGUCGAAUUCGUGGUACGAUGACCCAAAAAGAACUUAAAGAUCGAUUCUCUUUGUUUGGCGAGAUUGAAGAAUGCACCCUGCACUUUAGAGACCACGGGGACAAUUACGGGUUUGUGACUUAUUACGACACCAAGAAUGCUUUCAACGCCAUCGAGAACGGGAGCAAGCUGCGUAAGCCCGAUGAGCUGCCGUUUGAUCUCUGUUUUGGUGGAAGGAGACAAUUCUGCAAGACCAACUACGCUGACCUGGAUUCAAAUAGAGAGUACGAUCCAUUGCCUGGGAAAAGCAAGUUUCAUGCACUAGACUUCGACACUUUAUUGAAGCAGGCCCAGCAGAAUCAGAGGAGGUAACAGGAGGCCUGCAGCAGGAAACAGCUGACACUUACCUCAGAGCCAACGGUUGGCUCCUCACCUGCAACACUGUCUUUACAUUUUAGUUGUUGCAUUAGUUUUCAUUUGUUUGUUUUUGUUUUGUUUCUGCAAGCUAACACCUUCUAUUGAAGUGAAGAUUUGUAAUGAAAGUAGUAAAAGAAAAAAAAUGGAAAUUAAAUAAUUUUUUAAAAGUUUAUUUAAAUGUAUAAACAAAUUUGAAUUGUAUGGAGAGAAUAAUUUUUAAAAGGGCAAAUGUAAGUGGAAAGGAGCUCCCUAUAUGCUAGGAGAGGUUGUAAUACAUUAUCUCAAAUGUACUACGAACCUAAAUAAAAAAGUGAACCUAAAA